AUGACCCUCCUUUAUCACAAGCCCACUGCUUCUCGAUCCCAAGCACAGUACAUCCUCAAUACAUUCUCCAAUAUCCUGCAGAGCGUCUGCAUGGACCCACAUCAGCCUGUGUCCAGUGUCUGUCAGCUCAGUGAACUCGAUACAAUGCAGGUCGAGGUCUGGAGCCGUAUCCUGCCAAAAGAUAAAAUGGCCUGCGUUGAUCGGUUGAUUGAAGAUGCGGCUCAGCGAACCCCUGACGUCCCAACUCUACUUGUUUGGGACGGCCAGAUGACAUAUGCUGAGUUCAACCAAACUGCUGGCAAGAUGGUCCGAUAUCUCGCAUCGGUUGGGGUCCAGCGCGGUGAUUUGGUGCCAAUCUGCUUUGAGAAGUUCUUGUGGACGGCCGUUGUGUUGAUUGCCCUUUGGAAAUUGGGAGCCGGGUGGGUUCCUUUCGACCCCAAGCAGCCGCGGCAGCGACUGGAGACCAUCAUCUCGUCUGCACAGGCUCAAACGGUGAUUGCAUCCGGGACCAACAAGGAACUCUUGAUGGGUCUUGCGCCACAAGUGGUCGUGGUCGAUACAUCCUUGAUAGGGAAGCUUCUGUCCGAGCCCUACGUCGAGUUCACCUCGCAGUCUCAGCCCCGUGACAUUUCUUUUGUAAUGUUUACUUCCGGGAGUACCGGCAAGCCUAAAGGUGUUGUUCAUGACUAUACCUCUGUUGCUUCCAGUGCACUUCAGCAUGCAUCAGCGAUGAACAUUAACAGUGAUACCCGUGCCCUACAGUUUGGUGCUAAUACGUUCAUUAUUUCUACGCUUGAGAUUUUUACGACCUUAAUCUAUGGGGGCUGUCUCUAUAUCCCUUCUUAUUAUGACCGCCAUACCGACAUCCGACCUGCUAUCCGUUCUUUCAAUGUUAAUUGGGCCAUCUUCACUCUUAGUUUCGCACGCUCCCUCAAUCGCGAGAACGUUCCUUCUCUCAAGCCCCUCAUUGUGGCGGGCGAAGCUGUCCCUCAAGAUAUAAUUGACCACUGGUCGGCCUGUGCUCAACUAAUCAACAUCUAUGGUGCCUCCGAGUGCAGUGUCAUCAUGAUCGGACGCAUGAUGCCUAAUACACCGCGCAGCUGCAUCGGUCGCGCCACUGGAGGCCUGUCAUGGCUCGUGGAUCCGAAUGACCACGAUCGAAUGGUCCCCAUUGGAUCAAUCGGCGAGUUGGUCAUUGAAGGUCCCACUCUGGCUCGAGGAUAUCUGGCCUAUCUUGGAAAGACCCAGGACGUGUAUAUCAACAACCCGCUCUCGGCUAAUCAGAAUGGCAUUUCCCGGCGAUUCUACAAGACCGGUGACCUUGUCCGGUACGCCGAUGAUGAGCAGGUGCAUCUUAUUGGUCGUAAGGAUCUGCAAGUGAAGAUUCGUGGUCAACGGAUUGAAUUGACCGAGAUUGAGGCCCACCUGCGUGCUAUCAAUCGCACUGUGAAGACAGCCGUUUCCAUGGUUCAUCCUGGCGGCAAGUCAAUCCUGGCUGCGUUUAUUUCUAGCCAGAGCGGCUUUGGUCCUGAACAUGCCUAUCCAUUCCACGCCAUUCCCAAGGACAAGUCCGCAAUGGUGGCUCUCGCCGCACAGAUGAGCCGGGAGCUAGCUCGGAGACUGCCUUUCAUACAUGGUUCCUUCGGCCUUCCUGCCUCUGGCCUACAUGCCUUUGACCGCAUCGGGCAAGACGGACCGCCGAAUGCUCUCCACGUUUGCAAUGGUACCGCCACAAACCGUCGCAUGCCCACCAGCUCCUCCGAAAAGAAGCUUUGCGAAUUCUGGGCCGACGUCCUCCACUACCCCCAGGGAGAGAUUGGCGCCGAGGAUAACUUCUUCCAUCUUGGUGGUGACUCCAUCGAAGCGAUGAACCUCACUCGACGUUGCCGAGCGGAGGGCUUCCAGCUCCAAGUCCAAGACAUCUUGGGGAAUUUGACUCUCGAUGGCAUGGUCAAGGCUAUGGUCCCCGCGCGACCUACAGAGACAAGCCCAGCACGUCCAUUCGAGCUUCUUGGACAGGACAUCGAGGCAGUAUGCUCAGACAUUGCGGCAGCUACUGGCACCGAGCCAGGUUUGAUCCAGGAUGCAUACCCAUGCACCCCGCUCCAGGUUGGACUUACGGCUCUUUCGAGCACCAUACCAGGCUCGUACAUUGCCCGACACGUCCUUGAAUUGCCUGAUAGCCUGUCCACCGACCGCUUCCAGGAGUUUUUGGGAGAUGUGGUCACCCUCUCCCCUGCUGAGUGGAGGUACGACACGGACCUGGAGCGCUACCUGCAAUUUGACGAGACACCGAUGAACAUGGGCGAUUCUCUGACCCAACACGGUAUCAUCACCGGAGCCGAGAAGAAUCUGUUUCUGUUGACCAUUCACCAUUCCAACUACGAUGGACUGUCUCUAGACAUGAUUUUCAAUGAUCUUCUCCAGAUGCUCCAAGGGAAUCUUCCGCCGGCUCGCGCUCAGUUCCACGAAUUUGUUCGCCAUGUCAUGGAGAAGAACACCGACAAUGCUACGGAAGAUUUCUGGCGGGCUGAGUUCUCUGAGGGUGACCUAACUACCUUCCCAACUCUUCCCUCCGCUACCCACAAGCCCCUCGCCAACGAGUCGUUCGUGCACAAUCUCAAGCUCAGCCGCGGCCCGUCCGACUUCACUACCGCCACUUUGAUUCGGGGUGCCUGGUCGUUACUCCAAGCGCGCUACUGUGAUGCUCCAGAGACGGUCUUCGGAUGCACAUUGAGUGGCUGGAACGCCCCGGUGCCUGGCGUUGAGGAUAUUGUCGGUCCGGUAAUUGCCACCGUUCCCAUUAAAGCGCAGGUCGAUGCGGCCCAGCCUGUCACCGAAUUCUUGCAGCGGAUCCAAUUUCACACCGUGGACAUGACUCCGGCACAGAACUUCGGUCUUCAGAACAUCGCUCGAGUCUCCGAAAGUGCUGCUGCAGCCUGCAACUUCCAAACUUUGCUCGUCAUCCAGCCAGUCAGCUCCACGCCUGAAAACGGCAUCAUCAAGCCUUCUCCGCACCUCGUGCUAGUUUCAGAUGGGUCACUCACCUAUCAUAAACUAGAAACCGUUUCCAGCAAGCUGGCCGCUCACCUAAUCAACGCUGGUGUCAGACCCGAGGCCUUCGUUCCGCUGUGCUUCGAGAAAUCCAUGUGGACCAUUGUGGCCAUGCUGGGCACCAUGAAGGCGGGCGGUGCCUUUGUUCCCAUGGAUGCCUCUCAGCCGCUCAGCCGUAUGGAGUUUGUGGUCAAGGAAGUUGGUGCCCAUGUUGUGUUGUGCUCUGAGGAGCAGACUGGCCGUUUCCCUGGUCUUGUCGAGAAGGUUAUUGCUGUUGGUCCGAGUAUGACUGAAGCUGCGACUCCCCAUCAUUGUCCUACUCCUGUCAGUGCGUCCAACUCUGCGUACGUUAUCUUCACUUCUGGCAGCACAGGGACGCCAAAGGGCUCUGUCAUCGAGCAUCGCGCCUUUAGCACGGGCGCUAUUGCGCACAAGGAAGGUCUUCAGAUGGGCCGUCGUGUGCUCCAGUUUGCUUCCUACACUUUUGAUGCUAGUAUCCUGGAGGCUCUGCCGACGCUCGUGCAAGGUGGAUGCGUGUACGUUCCAGCUGAGUCUGAACGCCGCGGAAACGUUGCAGAGGCCAUGACACGGAUGAAUGUCGACUGGGCUGUACUCACGCCAUCUUUCGUGAACACCGUUGACCCUACCACCGUUCCUACCCUCAAGACGCUCUGCCUUGCUGGUGAGGCCAUGACUGCUUCUCACGUUGCAGCAUGGACGCCACAUGUCCAGUUGGUCAACGGCUAUGGGCCCUCAGAGUGCUGUGUUUACACGUCUUCGAACCACAACGUCCUCCCCGGUACCAUGCCCAACGACAUCGGUACAGCAGUUGGUUCCGGCUGCUGGGUAGUCGACCGCGAUAACCACAACAAGCUCGCCCCGAUUGGCGCCGUUGGUGAGCUUCUCAUCGAAGGCAAUAUAUUAGCUCGCCAUUACCUGAACAACAAGGAGAAGACAGAAGCAGCGUUUAUUUCCCAACCCGACUGGCUCCCGUUCAACCGGUGUCCGCGUCUGUACAAGACCAGUGACUUGGUCAAGUACGCGCCGGAUGGCUCGCUUCUGUUCUUUGGCCGCAAGGACACUCAGGUCAAGAUUCGUGGCCAGCGUGUUGAACUGGGUGAGAUCGAGUACCAUCUGACACUGCUUCACGAGGUGUCUCAGGCCAUGGUGUCAUAUCCCAAGACAGGUGUUUAUGCCAACAAGUUGGUCGGUAUCCUUGGGCUGGCUGCAACUGCUGGCCCUGGCCUUGUUCUCGUUUCGAACGAUCGCGUUCAGCGUACGGGCUUCCGCUUGAGCUCUCUCGCCGAACAUUUGUCCGAGACCCUGCCUGUGAAUAUGGUCCCUGUCAUCUGGUUUGUUGUCGAGAAGAUUCCCAGUUCCUCAUCGACCGAGGUCGACCGCAAAACAGUGGGCCAAUGGCUGGCUCGUCUGCCUUUUGACUUCGAGCCAGCUAUGGACAUCAAGCGCGAGGCGCCGGCGAUGUCAACAUUGCGCGCCGACGAGAACAAAGCCCAAGCCCUCAGUCACAAUAUCGCUGCCCUGAUAAACCACGGCAGCAAUCCGCUGCAAGGCCGCGAGUUUAAUAUCGCCGCAACGGGUAUCGACUCGGUGCAGGUCAUCAGCUUGGCCGGCUUUAUCAAGCAGCACUAUGGCGUCAAGGUGCCCGUCUCCCGUAUUAUGGACGGCCACAUGACUGUACGCUCGCUGGCUUCGUACAUCGACACCGACCUCACGGGCGGAGUCAAGGAGGAAGAACCUGCCUUCGAUGUCCAGAAGACGAUUUUCGUCAUUGGUGUUACGGGUUUCCUGGGCACCCAGAUCCUGCGCCAUCUGUGCGAUCGCUCCGAUGUUAGCCGUGUGAUCGCUCAUGUUCGCGCCAACACUUCCUCCGAAGCUUUCGCGCGCGUCAAGGAAACCGCUCUCGAUGUCUGGGCAGGUAACCUAGCCGAACCGCAACUUGGUCUGAAGCCGACACAAUGGGCAUCGCUAACGGGUCAGAGCCCGAACGACGGUAUGGUGUAUGCGAUGAUCCACGCUAGCGCAGCCGUUAACUGGAACGCGGGUACGAAAAUUCUGCGCGCUGCUAAUGUUCAAUCUACCGUGGAACUGAUGAAGGUGACUGUGUCUUCCCCUGUAUGUCCGUGUCUUGUCUACGUCUCUGGUGGACUUCCCUGGCAUCCGGGCGAGACAGACACCGAGUUGGCAGAGAUUGUCAAGGGUGCCAACGGUUAUGCGCAGACCAAGUAUCUCUCUGAGUUGCUGGUUGAACAGCUUGCAUCGUCACGGCCGGACCAGUUCGCUAUUAUCAAACCUGGCCUUAUCCUCGGUACACCGGAGGAAGACGUCGCCAACAUCGACGACUUCGUCUGGCGACUAGUAUCUGCCGUCGUCGAUGCGCGCGUCUCCAGCCAGGAGUACGGCAACAACUGGAUCUUCGUGACGAGCAGCACCCGCGUGGCAGAAGAAACAAGCAACCAAGCCUUCUGA